AUGGCCUCUCAAGGAGGCCUCACGCGGAGGCGUGGAGCCGGGGGAGUUACCUCACCGACCGGAGACGAAGAGUCGUCGAGCCGUGUCACAUCCCCUGCGCCUAAACCGUUCAAUGACCGCUCCCCCGAAACUGCGUACGAGAAUGGAGAAAAUGGCCACAAGAUCGCUUACGACCCAAGAGAUAUCAGCGAGAGUCAGGAGCGGAGUAAACAACCAAAGCUGACCCUGAUGGAGGAAAUCUUACUACUGGGCUUGAAGGAUAAGCAGGGCUAUCUGUCAUUCUGGAACGACAAUAUAUCAUAUGCCCUGCGAGGGUGCAUCGUCAUUGAACUGGCAUUCAGAGGUCGCAUCAGUAUGCAAAACGACCCCGCCCGAAGACGAUUCCCACUCGCCGACCGGAUCAUCGAAGUAAUAGACGACACCUUGACCGGAGAAGUCUUGUUGGAUGAAGCGCUGAAAAUGAUGAAAUCCAGCGAGAAGAUGAGCGUAAGCUCGUGGAUCGACCUCAUGAGUGGGGAAACAUGGAAUCUGAUGAAAAUUGGCUACCAAUUGAAACAAGUGCGUGAACGACUGGCCAAAGGUCUUGUGGACAAAGGCAUCCUGCGCACUGAGAAACGCAACUUCCUCCUCUUCGAUAUGGCCACCCACCCGGUCGUGGAUUCUGGCGCCAAAGACGAGAUCCGAAAGCGCGUCCGCAGUAUUUGCUCCAGCCGCACCGUCGUUCUCCCUCCCUCACAAUUUCUCCCCGCCGAACUCGAGUUCAGGAUGCUUCGCACCAUCAGUAUGGUAUGCGCGGCUUAUGCAGCGAAUGUGCUUGAAAACGCCCUGGUGACUAUGGGCCAUGAGGCGAGAGAGAGGGCGUUUGCUCAAGUGGAUGAGCUGCUUGCAGAAUACAGUCAAUGGCCUUUUGCCAGGAGAGCGGGCGGAGGACAGGGUAUCGGGGCCAACAUCGGCCAGGUCAUUGCCGACGAGGUGGAGAGAAAUAAGGAGAAGGAAUUGCAACUCGAGGUGGUCGCGGCAUGUUUGAGCGUUUUCACCAGACUGGAUUCUUUACUAUGA